AUGUCGCCGAACAUAUGCGGGGGUCAAACCGAGCGCAAAAACAUCUGGGUAGCUGCAGGUGAUGGGGAUCUAGAGAGAGUCAAAGAAUUAAUUCAGGCCGGACUUUCGCCGACAGUAGCCGAUGAGAACUCAUACACACCACUACAUGCAGCGGCCUCGUGGGGAAGAUUAGAGGUCCUGAAGUACUUACAUUCGCAAGGAGGAGACAUGAAUACGACGGACGACGAAGGAGACACUCCACUAUUCUCAGUCGAGGAUCUUGAGACGGCUAAAUUGGUUAUUGAGUUGGGCGGUGACCCACGCCAUAAGAACUCCGAAGGAAAAACAGCGGCUGAAAACCUGUUUGAGGACUAUCCGGAGGUCAGCAAUUACCUACGAAGUGUGAAUGGAGAAAGUCCACUUGAAGACCGAGAGUCGAAUGAUCCAGAAGAUCGGCUACAAGGCGAGGAGACCAGCCAAGAAGACCCGACGAGUUCGAUGACUCAAACCUUGAUUGAGGAAGUACGAGAGAUGAUGACAGAAGCAGAAUCGAAUGGGAUCGACAGUGAAUCUCCAGAACUAGACCUGCGACUACGAGAGUUGGUGACCAAGACCGUCGACCAAUCCGUCGGCCUGGGGAAACAACUCGCCGCUGGCGCUCGCGAUCUGUCGCAGUCUUCUCCUACUAUCGUCUCUCACGAUCUGGCUACUGUGGCUGAGGGCGAUGAACCUCCGGAAGAGAGCAGUCAAGUUGUUGAUCAAGCUGAGGCUAACAAAAGACAGAAGACUUGA